AUGGAAGAACUGAAAGCCACGAAGAAGCGCUUGCGUGGAGAGCACAACACCCUCAUGUGGCCCAUCACUCAACUCGGUGAGAGGUUUGCUGCCUUUACCGACAAGGUAAAGCGACAGUGCCGGCAAUUUGAGGAAGAGGUCGAGGUCUUGCAGGCUGCGCUCACGCCCACACUCGGGCAGGUUGAAGCGCAACUUGAAGCCGUGGAGGCCAUUCAGUCGUUGUUCUCGACUGUCGCUGCUGCCAAAGAUCCCUCGGCGGGUGUGUUCUACAACUGCGCAGAGCAGGAGACCAUUAUCAGCCUGCUUCGUCAACUUCACAACAGCGAGCAGCCGUACAACCCACUGCCGAUGGUCAUAAGCCAGGCGCUCUACGAACGCAUCCGCUCGGGCAUCGUGCGCAUCGUCAAAGCCCGAUAUGAGAACAUAUUGAAACUGGAUGACUGCCUCUCGCCGGAGCAAGCGCCGCCCAUCCCCAGUGAGAAGAUGUACUCUGUCCCAGAGGGCGAUGGACUCAAAGAGGAGGUCGUCGUGGAUUCGUGGCUGCGUGCCGUGGACAAGGACACCUUUGCGGAGUGGGUGAACGAGAAGAGAGCUCUCUGCGUCGAUGCGCCCACCACCGGAGACGACCACAAAGGACUGUGCGAGGAGCCCACUGUCUGCCUCGAGGGUGUUCUCGUCUACUUUGUGCCGCUCGACCCCAUCGAAGGUUCCAUCAAGAACAGCGACGGUGGCGAUGUUAAGGCAGGAUCGACUCACCGAGAGGAAAUCAAAGCCGAAACGCACGAAGACGUCUUUGCUGCAUGGGAUGCCGUCUGCGCCACUUUGCCCAAGGGCCUCUUUAGGGUCGAGGUGGAAGGGUUAGAAACCGACCCUUAG